AUGUUCGCUGGUAUUGCAACAAGAGGUGGCGCCGCUUCUGCCCAUGCUUUGAAACGUUCUCGCUUACAAAGCGAGGCCACCUUGCAAGUAUGCUUAAAGCAGGGCUGUGACUUGCCACCGAAAGGCACCGUAGUAAAUGGAUUAAAGAAUUACAUGCCCUGCAUAACUACUUCGGCGACAGAGUCAGUGACGGAAUCUGGAGCUUCCGAAGAAAAGCAUAUAUAG